UUUUUUUUUCCAAAAUUAUCAGAAAUAUUAUCUACUUUAUAAUCUAUGGACAGCGGAAUUAUUAUUCAUCCUUGUUCGGUUUUACUGCUGUGUUUCUGAAUGAUAUGGGUUCAAGCCAUCGACAUUAUGAUUCUAUAUGCAGUUGUUAAUCAGGUAGCACUCUGGAGACAUAUAACCAGUUGUAUCUUUGCAACUCAAAGCCAGCCAACUACACGAAUUUGUAAUAGCUAAAUUUCAUACAAGUCGAAGUUCAGUUUAUAGCCGGUUUGGUAUGAUUUUUUAAGUGCUUAAUUGAAAUUAAAGUGUUUUUUUAGUGAAAAUAAUGGUAUUUUUAAGUACUUAAUAAGUCGUUUCAAACGGAGAGUUAGUUGGAUGGUUGAUGUUUUUAUGACAUAUUCAAAUGCUUAAUUUGAUGUUGUCUUAUGCAUAUAGGAUUUUGGUUGUUCAAACUUUGGAAUUUUUCCCCCCUUGGCUGUGUUGCGUUUAAAGUUUUGUAAGUAAAUAUAUUAACCAUAAGUCUAUACUUUUAAGAAUAACUUUAUUUUUAUAUUAGUUACAACUUUUCUUUAAAAAGGAAAUUUUAUUUAAACCCAUUUAAGGGGUUUUGUGUGUGUGUGCACGUUUUUUUAAGGUAAAUGUACAUUUGUUAGUGAAGAUUAUUCUAAUUUGUUCAUAGUUUUAAAAAUUAACUUUCGAAAAACCUUGGGAUUAGUACAUCUCUUCAGUUGAAAUUUAUAUUCAUUGUUGGCAACAAAUGAACACAAAUUCUUCAAAAUCUUUUUGUUUUCUGUUUUUUUUUUCUUCAAAUGAUGUAGAUGAAUCUUAAAAAAAAAAACAUUUAUUACCAUUACAAUAUAUCAAUGUAUUGAAUACCAUUAUCCAUUCAUUAACACCAUUGCCAUCCUUUUUUCUUUUAAUUCAUAAACAUCCAACAUGAUAAACGAGUGUUGAAAACGAUUUCUGUAAACUUCUAUUUAAAACCCUAGUGACCUAAAGCCUACUAUAUUGAUUGAUUACAUAACUCUCUAUAUAUAUGUAUAUGCAUAAAAAAAAAAGUCAUAUUUAUCCUUUAAACUUUACCUCCUUUUUCUACUUACCUAAAAAUUGCCUUCCCCAUCAUUUGACCAAUUGAUGUAUGUCAUGCACAGAAUGGAAAAUUGGAAAACAUCAUGUUAUUCUAUAGUGAAUAUUCAUACAUACAUACAUACAAAUUGAGAGUUAGGUAAAAUAUUUUAAAAGGUUUUUAAAAUUACAUGAAAAAAUGAACUGUUCUCUUCCUAUGGUUUGGGUUGCCUUGUCUAUAUAUAAGCCACUUAACCCCAUCCCUACAUCUUAUUAGUAGCUUCCUACCACAUCUCUCUCUCUCUUAAGGAAAAAGCAGAAGAAACUUUUGAGAAUAGAGAAAAUGGGUACAGAGAGAUUAAGUUCUUCUCAGGAUGAUGAUGAAGUGAGAAAGGGGCCAUGGACAAUGGAAGAAGACUUAAUGCUGAUGAAUUACAUUGCCAAUCAUGGUGAAGGUGUGUGGAAUUCACUGGCCAAAGCUGCAGGUCUUAAACGUACAGGGAAGAGUUGUCGUCUCCGGUGGCUGAACUAUCUCCGGCCUGAUGUUCGGAGAGGUAAUAUAACUCCUGAAGAACAGCUAUUGAUCAUGGAGUUGCAUUCUAAAUGGGGUAACAGGUGGUCAAAAAUUGCAAGACACCUCCCUGGAAGAACAGAUAACGAGAUAAAGAACUAUUGGAGGACGAGGAUACAAAAGCAUAUCAAGCAGCAGGAGGAAGUUGAGAGAGUUCGUGACCAGAUGAUAUCAAUUGGUAACUGUUCAGAGACGAAUGACGACUGUGCCAUCAGUCCGUGCAGCCAAGUUUCGAGCUUUUGUAACGUUGCAGAGCCGAUGGAGAUCAGCCAUGACUAUUUCCCUUCAUCUCAAGGGGAUAUGGAGGCCAUGGCCUAUCAACACACAACUUGGGAUCGUGGGGAUGGGGCAAAUGACAACUACUGGAGCAUGGAGGAUCUUUGGUCAAUGCAAUUACUUGAUUGAAUGUUUGCAGAGAGGAACAACUUGAACUACCUAGUAUUGGGUUUAAAUCAUGUAUAGUUGAAUCAUGAAUAAAAAUUUUCCUUAUGUAUAUGUGUGUGAUCUUUUCAUGGGACGUUUGACAGAAGCUCAACUGACAGCUAAACUUGAUAAGGACAACAAAAUCUCUUUGCUAUCUCUGCCAUAGUAUAAUAUUGUCCACUUUUCGAACCA